UCAAGAAGAAGAGAAGAAAAAGAAUAAUAAGAGUGUUUGAGAAUAAUGGGCAAUAUGAGAUCUAAUUGGAUUUUGGGUUUUGUUUUAGCAAGCUUUUGGUUUUCCUCUCAUUCUUUCUUGUUGUCUAAUGAUUAUUAUGAAAAAUCAUGCCCCUCAGCACUUGCCGUCAUAAGGUCAGAAAUGAAUGUAGCAGUUGCCAAAGAAGCUCGCAUGGCUGCCUCCAUUUUACGUCUGCAUUUUCAUGAUUGCUUUGUCCAGGGAUGCGAUGCAUCAGUUUUGUUGGAUGACACUCCAACAUUUAGAGGCGAGAAGACAGCCAAUGCAAAUAAAAAUUCUAUUCGAGGAUUCGAGGUGAUUGAUGGGAUUAAGGAGAAAUUGGAGAGUGAUUGUCCCGGCGUUGUUUCAUGUGCUGAUAUACUCACUGUUGCAGCUCGUGAUGCUGUAAUACUGGAUGGAGGGCCAUAUUGGGAUGUUCCUCUAGGAAGGAAGGAUUCAAGGUCUGCAAGCUUGGAUGAAGCUAACAGUAAUAUCCCCACCCCAAAUUCAACACUACUCAACCUCCUUGGGAAGUUUUUGUUGCAAGGUCUUUCUGCCACUGACAUGGUUGCACUCUCUGGUGCACACACAAUUGGACAAGCUAGAUGCACAAGUUUCAGGGACAGGAUUUACAAGGGGGUUGAAGGUGCUGAGUCAGAUAAUGUAUACUUGUCUGAACUGAAAGGCAUAUGCCCUCAAACUGGUGGUGACAAUAACUUAUCUCCCUUGGAUUAUGUAAGCCCUGUGUUAUUUGACAAUGCUUAUUACAGAAAUAUAAUUAAUGGACAAGGCCUUCUCAACUCAGACCAAGAGCUGAACAUGUAUGGAAGCAUAACAUCUGAAGUUGUACAGAAAUAUGCUGAGGACCCAUUAGCAUUUUGGCAGCAAUUUUCAGAUUCCAUGGUGAAGAUGGGAAAUAUUGUUAAUCCUCUUACAUUCAUUACUGGUGAAGUAAGAAAGAAUUGCCACCUUGUUAAUGAAUAACUUCACACCAAAGGGAUUAUAGUCUUUAGAUCUAUGAAAAAGGUGAGGAAUCAUACAAUAAUGGGCAGGUUUUAUUUUCUAUUUUCUUUUAGUUUUCUUCCCACUCUAUCAAGAUUUCUUCUAUGCUAUGAUAUUAAAGCUGAAGUAGACUUCACAAAUCUCUUGGGGGGUUGUAGUUUCUGAUGAUUCUUUGUGCUUUGUAUGGAUAAAGAUUGGAUAUUUCCAAAUAAAGAUUGAAUAAAUUUUAUUCAUUAAUUAA